AUGGCCUCCUCCACCCUGUCCGUCUGCUCCAGUGACCUGAGCUACAGCAGCCGGGUCUGCCUGCCUGUGUCCUGGCCUGAGUCCUCCUGGCAGGGAGACGACUGCCCCGAGAGCUGCUGUGAGCCCCCCUGCUGUGCCCCCAGCUGCUGCGCUCCUGCCUCCUGCCAGACCCUGAUGUGCACCCCGGUGAGCUGUGGGUCCAGCCCCUGCCAGUCGGCCUGCAGCUGCCCCUGCGAGCCCUCAUGCUGCAGCUGCUCCCCCUGCCAGCAGGCCUGCUGCAUGCCCAUGUGCUGCAAGCCUGUGUGCUGCACACCCAUGUGCUGCACGCUUGUCUCGUGCACACCUGCCUGCUGCACGCCUGUCUGCUGCAAGCCCGUGUGUUGCACGCCCAUCUGCUGCACGCCCGCGUGCUGUGUGCCCGUCUGCUCGGGGCCCUCCCCCUGCUCAUCCUCCUCCUGCUGCCAGCCCAGCCCCUGCCCCCCGCCCUGCUGCAAACCCUCCUCCUGCGUGUCCCUCAUCUGCCGCCCCGUGUGCAAACCCGCCUGCUGCGCCCCCGCCCCCUCCUGCCAGCCCGGCUGCUGCCGCGGGGCCUCCUCCGUGUCCCUGCUCUGCCGGCCCGCGUGCCCCCGCCCCGCCUGCUGCUGA